CUGACGUCACUAGCCGCGCGCCGGAAGUGAGCAAAUCACACCGCGAAGAGACUGUCCGGCCAGGGGAGCGACGGCCUGGGCACUGCUUUUGAUACCAUGAGACCCACCCGCCGACUCCUUCUAGUCGGGGAAGGAAACUUCUCCUUCUCUGCCUCCUUGUGCAAUGCCAGCGAUCGUGAGACUCGUAUCACUGCCACUUGCUAUGAGAGUGAAGAGAGAGUUUCCAGACAGGCACUUGCUAAAACUAACAUACAACAUCUGAGAGUGAAAGGGGUUGAAGUUUGUUUUUGUGUGGACUGUACCAAACUGAAGGACUAUUUUUUGCCAGCAAAGAGAAAUUUUGAUUGCAUUUAUUUCAAUUUCCCUCACUGUGGGAGGAAAGCUGGGGUGACAAAGAAUAGAGAGCUUCUUACAAAAUUUUUCUGUAGGCCAUCCGGGAACAAGGCGGGUCAGGUCUGGGCACCCGAAGGAUCCACAGCUUUCAAGUGUCUAAUCUCAGCUCGGUUCUGCGCUGCCCUCUUGAGUAACAUCUCCGACUGUGAUGAGACGUUUAACUACUGGGAACCGAUGCACUACCUCGUCUAUGGGAAAGGGUUCCAGACAUGGGAAUACUCUCCAGUCUAUGCCAUUCGCUCCUAUGCUUAUCUGUGGCUUCAUGCCUUGCCAGCCUUAUUCCAUGCUCGAGUUCUACGGACAAAUAAGGUUCUCGUCUUUUAUUUCCUGCGAUGUCUCUUGGCCUUCUUGAGUUGCAUUUGUGAGCUUUACUUUUAUAAGGCCGUGUGUAAGAAAUUUGGGCUGCAUGUGAGCCGGCUGAUGUUGGCCUUCUUAGUUCUCAGCACUGGGAUGUUUUGCUCAGCUGCAGCCUUCCUCCCCAGCAGUUUCUGUAUGUACACCACAGUGGUUGCCAUGACAGGCUGGUAUAUGGAUAAGACCUCUGUAGCAGUGCUGGGCGUGGCAGCUGGAGCCAUCGUGGGUUGGCCUUUCAGUGCAGCUCUUGGGCUACCUAUUGCCAUUGACUUGCUGAUAAUAAAGCGGAGGUGGAAGAGCUUCCUGAACUGGUGUCUGGUGGCCCUGAUCCUGUUUUUGGUUCCCCUGGUGAUUGUUGACAGCUAUUACUAUGGGAAGCUGGUAAUCACUCCUCUCAACAUUGUUUUAUACAAUGUCUUCACACCUCACGGACCCGAUCUUUACGGUACUGAGCCCUGGUCCUUCUAUUUUAUUAAUGGUUUCCUGAACUUCAACGUGGCGUUUGCCUUGGCCCUGCUUGCCCUGCCGCUGACCUCCCUCAUGGAAUGUCUGCUACAGAAAUUUCACGUCCAGAAUCUGGGUCGCCCAUAUUGGCUUACGCUAGCUCCUAUGUACAUCUGGAUCCUGAUUUUCUUCAGUCAACCCCAUAAAGAGGAGAGGUUCCUGUUUCCCAUAUAUCCUCUCAUCUGUCUCUGUGGAGCUGUGGCGCUCUCUGCCCUUCAGAAAUGUUACCACUUCGCAUUCCAGCGUUACCGUUUGGAGCACUACACAGUCUCCUCCAACUGGCUGGCUUUGGGGACGGUUUUUCUCUUUGGACUCUUGUCACUCUCGCGCUCUGUGGCUUUAUUCAAAGGCUACCAUGGGCCUCUGGACCUGUAUCCAGAAUUUCAUAGGAUUGCCACUGAUCCGACUAUUCACACAGUGCCAGAGGGGAGGCCAGUUAAUGUCUGUGUGGGGAAGGAGUGGUACCGAUUUCCGAGCAGCUUUCUCCUGCCAGAUAAUUGGCAGCUCCAGUUCAUCCCGUCAGAGUUCAGGGGCCAGUUACCGAAACCGUUUGCCAAGGGACCAAUGGCCACACGGAACAUUCCUGCAGACAUGAAUGACCAAAACAGGGAAGAGCCAUCCAGAUAUAUUGACAUUUCCAAAUGCCAUUACCUGGUGGAUUUAGAUAAAGCGAUUGAAACAUCAAGGGAGCCGAGAUACUCCGCCAACAAAGAAGAAUGGAUCAGCAUUGCCUACAAACCAUUCCUGGAUACUUCCAGGUCUUCAAAGCUGCUGCGUGCUUUCUAUGUCCCUUUCCUGUCCGAGAGGCAUACGUCGUAUGCAAACUACACCAUCCUUAAACCCCGGAAGUCAAAGCAAGCCAGGAAAAAAACAGGAGGUUAGCAACACACCUGCGGACCAAAAAGGAUCAACCAAUAUUGUCGGCCAGCUGCUUAAACCUUCCUAGGGAAAAAAAAUGCUUGUAAGAUUCACUAAUAAAGGUUUCCCACCCAGUGAUUUCACUCUGCAAGCCUCCAGCUGUAAAGAGUAUAUCAUCUGCUCUCAGUUCUGUUAGUCUCUGCUCUCCCUGUGCAGCUCAUUUUCAGAACGUCUUGGUAAGAAACAGUUUGAAAAUCCAGCAGCUGCCUACGAAUAUAUUAUCCCUGUUGCUCCCUGCAUUAUUAUGUAUUAGACUAGAGAAGAGCAAAACUAAAUAACAAGAAAUGACUGUGUUAGACUGUGCGCCAGGAUACUGCCUGGCACCAGGAAAAUUCACAGCCUCUCUCAGUAUUCCUCAUCUGCUAAAUAGCUGCUUGCCUGCUCCUAGGAAACAUUAUUUGCAGAUAACAGCAUUUGAAAAAAAAAAAAAAAAAAAAAAAAAAAAAAACCCAAAAAACAGCAGCACAGCAGAGACAAUGACUCUCUGAAAUGCUGAGAAUCUCAGCAAACAAGACAGUCCAUACCAUAGAGAAAAAUCCCUGGGAUCACCCUGUCCAGGAGAUACUUUCCAAGGCGAAAGUUGCACUUUCAAACAAACCGUGAUGUUUGUUAGUUAUCUGUUUUAAUGGGAUGUGAUUUCAUUUGCCUUGAGUUCUGUUUUCCUUGUUAUGAUCCUAGAUAUUGUGAAAACACAGGGGCUUCGUUUAAUCUUAUUUAUUUAUUUGUGUGUGUGUGUGUUUAAAGAAACAUUUAAUGUCCUUUGAAUUCUUGUCUCCAAUGCGUAAAAUGCCUGGAAACCGCCUAUGGGGUAAAAAGGGUUAAUAAUUAUUGUGAUUCAGUUGCCCAGAUCUACCAGGAUAUGUACAAUUCCCUUUUGUCAAAGACCCUCCAGAAUGAUGAUGCAGUAUUGAACUAUACCCAAGUUUUAUCAUGAACCAGAUUAAAAAUGACGUUUAUAUCAGUCUUGUAGAAACCUGUGCAGGGGCCUGAGAGGGGGAAUGUGGGUGAACUUUCCCUCAGUGCAGAGGGACAGACAGCAAAAGCUCUGGCCCAACCUAAGCCCUAUUCCGAGGGUUAAAAUGGAACUUAGUGGUGCAUAAGCGUGGCCCCCUGCACAUAGAUGGCCAUUUCGCAUUGGCUUGCUAAACCUAGGGUUGUGAGUUCAAUCCUUGAGGGGGCCAUUUAGGAAUCUGGGGCAAAAAUCUGUCUGGGGAUUGGUCCUGCUUUGAGCAGGGGGAUUGGACUAGAUGACCUCCUAAGGUCCCUUCCAACCCUGAUAUUCUAUGAUUCUAUGAUUUCAUCCUGUGUGAAUAGCACACACCAGAGAGAGCAGAUGAGAUGUGGCUGUAUGAGAGAGUGGCGCAGCAAAUGGUUUGUGAAUAGGUUUGUCCAGGUGUGGGGAUGCAGUGCCGAAGUUGGGGGGCUGCGGUGGUUGAACAGUGAGUGUAUGUGAUGGAAAGCAUACGCCAGUGGCUGCGUAGGGCAGGUGGAUCGUUCAGCACGUUUGCAGGUUAAUAGCUGAGCAAGCUGGUGUAGCAAGGUCAAAAGGGCAGACAGUGCAGCAGUGUGGCUCUAAUUUAACGUGACACUAUUGGGUCAGAGCCGGAGAAGCCAGGAAAGGAAAUAGUGCAACCCUGAGAGAACCAUGCAUGGCUUUAAUCUGGAAAAUUACAUCUGAAAUGUAGCAGAGGACACUGCACUUCCCUUUGUCUGCUGAGUCCCCUGCACUCACUAGGGAGGAGUAUUGAUGAAAUGCUUAGGUCACCACUCAACUACAUUUCCUCCUGCACAGUUGCAGGGUUGGCUGGUUGCUUCCCCGGAUAUUUUAUUUAACUCUUUGUUUAAAAAAAAAAAAAAAGUAACUCUGCAGCAAGGACCAGAGGAGAAGGAGAGGUAACAAUAUGUAUGUGGUGCUCAGCAUGUUCUGAGAAACAGGCCCUUUCAAGUUGCGUCAGAUUGGUCACACAAAAUCACUAGUCACUUCUGAAACUCUUGGCCAGGUGGGGGUGAUUCUGGGGCUCCAGGGCUGUGGGAGCUAGUAAGUGGCCUCCUGAUAUGUGAUGACAUCAAGGAGUCUUUCUGUAAGUCUGUCUAGUUAUUGCUGUGGAUGGGUAGGUUUCCAUGUGGUUAGCGAGUGGGAAAGCAGGUUGGCCAAUCAGUUCAGAGCCUUAAUGCUCUUAUUAAGGUCUGAAUGCCACAAUGACUCCCUUGUUGACUCUGUAAAUGCUGUAAGUGUUGUUUGUCUGUUUUGCUGUAAUUUCACGCCCGAGGAGUCACCCUACAAGCUGGUGGUACAGAACCUCCCUCCACCCAGGUUUGGCUUAGCAUUCAGCACACUUUGACAAACCGGUUCUCUAGAUCUUGUUUCUUUAGUCAGGUUGACAACGUAUCCGUUGUGAUCAACAGCAAGGCAUAUGGAGUGUCUGUCACUUGGCUGGGGAAAAGAUGGCAUGUGGGACUCCAGACUGAACUGACACGCAGUUGAAAUGCAGGUGGAGGUUGCUGUGAAAUGGCAUCAAGUGUUUCGAUUUUAUUUUGCUUUUGGUUAGUUAUUUUUUUAAUGAACUUCACUACAUUGAAGGCAAAUGUUAGACUGUACAAAGCGUGGUAGGUAAAAAGCCCCUGCAUGCCUUUUGGUUGCCUGGGUGAUUGAUACAUUGAGGAUGAAAUUCUCCUCUGUGCAGAGGAGCAGCACAAAACCUUUGCAUUAUUUAAAUCCUGUUUUGAAGGCUUACGUGGGACAUACGUGGCAUACAGGGUUUGGGCUUGCCCUCUGUAGAGGGGUGCUUUUUGCCCUGUGCACAUAGUCUCUCUCCCUACAGAGUCUUUGGUAUAACAACAUUGGAAUUUCCCUGUUAAAAAUCCCAGUCUUUACAGUAUACUAACGUCUUAAACGUUUUAGGUAAAUCUGCCUGGGAGACAAAACUGCAAGGUUGCAGGUCAACACUGAAUGUCUGCUUAAUGCUCCUAUUUGUUUCUUUUUAAUGGUUUCCCCACCCAAAAUGUAAACAUUCCUUUAAUAAGGCUCUGUGGUGUCACGUCAGUGAAUCUAAACCAAAACUGCCCUCCUAUCUGCUUCCCCCCAGUGUUUCCAUCUAUAAAUGGAAACAAGGAACACAGUUAGACAAAGUCUAUUGCGUACCUCUCUUUGGUGCUGUCUCACUGUCCCAGCCUUUACUGUCAUGUUUACUGUGAAAAGAUAGUCCAGGAAACAUCUGUUUUCAGUGAUUGUGGCUGCUCCACCCUUUCUUCCACUGUUUUAAUUCCUUUUUAUGGACCCUGACAGCUUGACAUUAAAUAGGAGUGAUCAGCAUCUCCGAGAAAAGGGCAGCAACCACCCUGUUGCCGUAUGAAGAACUGCACUUGGGUCAUGUUAACAGAUGUUGAUUUCCUAUCUAAUGGAAGGGGAAGCCAGGCACACUCAUAGGUGGUGGUAUCAGACUUGCUUUACAGUAGCACCGAGAGGCUCUAGUCAAGAUAGAGGCCCCAUUGUGUUGGUCGAUCCCAUGUCCUGAAGUAUUUACAACCUAAACAGACAAAGGAAGCAUUAUUAUCCCCAUUUCACAGGGGGAAGCGCAGCGAGAUCAAGGACUAGCCCAUGGUCAUAUAGGGAGUCAGUGGGAAAGAUGGGAAUCCAAUCCACAUCUCCUGGGUCCUAGUCCAGUGGUUUAACCCCCAAACCAUCCUUCCUUGGACCGGGGAGAGCACAGCAGCCCGAUAGCUGCUUUCUGCACAUAUGGCCCACAAAGCAGAGUCUAGGAAACCUCAGGUCUCGCUCACUUCCUUUCCUGCUGGAGCAGUGUUCUCACAUCCACCUAGCACAGCAGUCUCCGGAAGCUCCUUUGCAGCCGUAGUGCAGCGCAGCGGCGUUUGGAAUGCCCACGCGAGGCCAUCUGCUCUGGAAAGGUAAUGCUGCUCUAAGCGGUGCUUUCAUCAUGGGGAACACAGAGCAACAGGUGAACUUUCUGAUAGGAAAAUGUUAAGGCUCCCUUCUUCUGUUAAUAAUUCAUAGGUCAGAGCUGUUGGGCUUUGCAUGGUGCUGACAUUUAAGCAAAUAACAGUCAAUAAUGAGAAGAUUACUUCUAAAUAAAUGCAUUCAGUGGAAUGAGCUGCCCAAGGAAGCCGCACUGCACAAUUUGUGUCUUCAUGCGUAAUGGGGUGGCGGGUGUUGGGAUGGGAGGGAAAGAGCAGUACUGAGGAUUUCUUAACACCUUCCUGCUUUCUCAGGAUAAAUUAUCUUGCUUUUGAAAUGUGGAUUUUCAGAGAUUUUCAAAAAUGAUGGCUUUCCCUUUGUAAAAGGUUUCAUUGUUUGCUUGGUAUUUAUACAAUUUUUUUCCCUUUGACCCUAAUAAAAUUUAACUUUGUGAUCUA